CGUUUCUGUUGACAUAUUUCCAUUCUGAAUUAUAUUUAUACUGAGAUAUUCAUACUUAUUCCACAUCUCUUCAGAGUACAAUUUAGCAAGGCUACGCUCCAGUUAGUUUAAAUCAAAAUGUCCCUAGAAGAGCUACCGCCAGCUGAGGAGGAGGUGGUUGACCAUGAUGAUGGAUCCCUCAAGAGGAAGAAGAGAAAGAAGGCAAUCCCUUGGAUGAAGUUGGCCAAUUUACCUGUUGAAAUCAUUGAUCUAAUAUUUACAUAUGCUGGAAGAAUUGACUAUUGGACUUUUAGAAUAUUUAGAGAGUUUGUUAGAUUCAGGGGAUAUCUUGAUCCAAUUUAUAUCGUACAGACAAAUUUUGAGAAACAAAAGCAUUUGUUAAUGUUCAACAUCCCACCUGGCCAAAACAAUGAAGAUCAUUUGUUUAAAAGUUCUGUUAAGUUUGUUGAGAACAUUGAGACACAUUGUGAGCUUUAUAAAAUAGAGAAAAAAAGGUUGUUCUUAUUCAUGGAGGUGGAGGUUUCAAAUCUUGAACAAGGUCAAAUGUUUGAAGAUAUUAUAAGGUAUUUGAAGAUAAACAAUAUAAAAUUUAGAGUAUUCUUGAGAGCCAUCCUGUUCUUUGAUCAAGAUGUUCCUUUUUCAAAUCAUUUCAGGAGUUCCAUUCUAACGGAUGAGUUUUUACAAGGGAAUGAAUUAAUUUUGGACUCACACUAUACCGAAGAACUAGCUACUAGCUCACGUUCAAGAUCAAAAAAGUAUACAGGGUGUACCUUUUUCCAAUACCCGGAAGAGAUCAAGCUUGACAGUGAUGGUGCUCUACCCCUGGUUAAGUAUUUGGAUCCAUCUAAUGUCAUUUGCAAAUCCACAAUAAGGCACUUGAAAGCGGCAACAAUAGUCAGCGUACCCAACGUUUUGAAUAUCAUUGAUCGGAGAUUCUUACUAAACCUGAAAACACUAUAUAUAUCACAUUGUUCCAAAGCUCCAAAAAAAACAACCUUCAUUCAUCAAAAUCUACCUCAUUUGAAAAGUUUAGUUAUUAAAAAUUGUCAAACUUCAAAAUUUAAUGAUAAUGAUUUACCAAGUUUAGAGAUUUUAGUUAUUGAAGAAUCAGAAAGAUACCGUGAAUAUGAAAAAUCAGGCACUCGUGCCUUGAAGUUCAAAAUGAUUGGUAAUAACCUUCCAAAUUUACAAAAAUUAGAUAUCUUAACAUUUCAUACUGAGCAAAUACACUUGAAUUCAUUUGGUGAUAAAAUACACAAUUUUGCGUUUCAAACAGGCUUAGAUGAAGGUGGAUCAUUAGGUGAUAUCCCAAGCAUCAUCGCAAUUUCAGAAUCCAUCUCAAUACAUGUCUUAAAUGAAGAUAGAUCUAUGGCCAAAACAGUUUUUGAAAAUGUUCAUAAACUUGAUAUGACAAAACAUUUGUCAAUAAAUGACUACUACUCGGAAAACUUGGAUUAUUUAGCUAGGAAAAGGUUUAAAAAUUUGGAACUGCUCACGUUGAGAGAUGUUAACAGUUCUGUCAAGGAAUUAAAAAACUUCAAUAUGCCUCGUUUAAAAGGAUUAACAUUAUUAGAAACUUCCAUUGCAACUGUUGAUAUCAAGGGAAUGGGUAAACUAGAGCAAUUGAUUUUCACUUCAAAGACUAGAAGCACUCAUUCAGCUAAUGAUCGUGAUCAAUCAUGGCGUUGGUUUUCUUCACCAAAAGAAUAUUUUGGUAUAGAUUUCACAAAGAUACCACCAAGAUCAAAAACCAAAAAUGUUAAUCUUAACUUUCAUAAAGCUGAUUGUUUUAAAGGCCGUAUUCCAGAGAAUCUUCAACAUUUUGUUUUAAGUUAUUCUUCAAGUCAUAUUGCUAGACAUAAUGGCGCUAGAAUCUUUGAUUAUCAAAAUGAUUAA